AAAGAAAAUAGUGGAUGUCGACUCUGAAAGUGAAUUUGAGCCUAGUCUAUUGAACACAGCUGUAUAUCUAGUCGCACUUUCAAUGCAAGUGUCAACAUUCGCUAUCAACUACCAAGGUCACCCAUUCCGAGAAAGCCUACAAGAAAACACAGUCCUUUAUUAUGGGCUAGUAGGUGUAGGCACUAUUGCUUUAGCCGGUGCUACCGAAUUCGUCCCGGAAAUGAACUCUAUGUUGUCAUUAGUACCACAACCUUUUGACUUCAAAACAAAGCUCACGGCCAUCAUGCUUCUUGAUUUUGGCCUUGCGUGGGUAAUUGAAAUAAUAUGUAAAUUUUUCUUUGCUCACAACAAACCGAAAGCGAUUGCACGGAGGAUAUCAAAAUCGAAAUCUAAUAUAACAAAAUCAUCGACGACAAAUGAGAAAAAGGAAAA